AUGAGCCAGGUCGUUCGUCAGGCCCAGUGGGACGCCGAAGUGGCCUCCAGUGGACACUAUGACAAGAUUAUGGUCCAGAAUCUCGAGAUCGUCGUCAACGCAGGAAAAGAUGUUUGGGGACGCGAGAAGAAGCAGCGGGCCUUGAUCAGUGUCACAUUGACACUCGGAAAGCAGUUCACGUCAGCUUCUUCUACGGACUCCGUCGAUGACAGCACUGUGCACUACGGUACGCUCAGCAAGGCGAUACAAGCACGCUUCAAAGAUGAUUCCAUGGCAUGGAUGUCAACCGUCGCUCUAUCGAAUGCCGUCUCUCAAUGCGUUCGCGAUGUCGCAGGCUCGACAGACGUAUACGCGAUCGAAACCGACGUCUGCUACCUGAAAGGCAGUAUGUUUGGCGAAGGCGCUGGACACAUCACCUCGCGCGUCGAAGGGUCUGGCACUAGCUCGAACGUACUGUACCUGCGCAACGUCCGCAUCCCGUGCCUGAUUGGCGUCAACUCCAAUGAGAGGCUGCAGAAACAGCCCGUGGUCCUCAAUGUUUGGGUUGACAACAUGGCUGACUCUCGUGUGGAGGGAUACCCUCAGCUAGAAACUUUCUUAUUCGAGUUGAUAUCUGGCUCUACAUUCCAAACGAUCGAGAGCCUGCUUGCGUGGUUGGUCGACGAGCUCAGACAAAGAUUCUUCACAGAAGAGGCGGACCAGAACGCGUGGAUCAAGCUGAGAAUUAGCAAGCCCCAUGCGGUACCCUUUGCAGAUGCGCCAGCCGUCGAGAUAACACGACCCGUACGGUCGAGCUAG